GGUUCUGCAGCACAAAGCAACAUGCAACGUGCUAUGUUAAAAUGGAAUGGUGUACCUACCAAAGUGAUUACAGAAGGUUGCUGGGUAGAAGAAGGUCUUUCGCAGUAUGCUAAAAAAGAUAUAGUGAUUGUUAUUACUGGUAAUCCUAGCGUUCCUGAACUUUAUGAAGGAUUUGUAAACACUAUAAAAUCAAGACUUCUUCCUACUGAAGUACCUAUUUGGGUGGUUGCACAUGCAGGACAUAUACAACCACCGAGUAAUUUGGCAUUUACCAUGCCAAGUGAUUCAGCAUGGAACGAACAUUAUGGUUUAAUAGCACAAGUGCAACAUAAGACGGAUUUCAUAAAGAAGUAUGUACCAGAAGAUGCAAGGCUGCAUCUUAUAGGUCAUUCAAUAGGAUGUUGGAUAAUCUUAAAUAUGUUAAAAGAAGAUUCCAUUGCUAAAAAAGUAACAAAAUGUUAUCUGUUGUUUCCAACGAUAGAACGUAUGGCUGCAAGUAAAAAUGGAUGGUUUUUCACUACAAUUGUAUCACAUAUUAUAUUCCUCCUAACAUUUCUUAGUUGGAUUUUUUCAUGCCUUCCAAACAGUUUACAAGGUUGUAUCUUCAGUGUAUUAGGACCAUUCUGUGGAAUUCCUGCAAAGUAUACUAAAUCAAUGCUUCAAAUUUUAAAUCCUCAUAGUAUCAACAGAAUAUUGAAGCUAGCAGAUGAAGAAAUGAGAUUAGUAAAAGAGCGAGAUGAUGCUAUAAUUUCAAAAUAUUCUGAAAAAUUAUGGUUUUAUUAUGGCAACUGUGAUGGGUGGACUCCAGUCAAAUAUUAUAAUGAUAUGAAAUCUAAACAUCCUUAUAUAAAUGCAGAACUUUGUAAGCAUGGUUAUGAUCAUUCUUUUGUAUUUCAGUAUGACAAAGAAAUGGGUAAAAUUGUUGGGGAUAUAAUUAACGAAAAUAUAUCAUGA